CCUUGCCCUGCUAUUACAGGCGCUCAGGGAGGUUAGGCCUGACGGCGCGGCGUGAUGACGUUAGCCGCGGCGCGCGGCGGCGGGUCUCGGUUUCUCCGCCAUGGCGAAGACCGUGGCCUAUUUCUACGACCCGGACGUGGGCAACUUCCACUACGGAGCCGGGCACCCCAUGAAGCCGCACCGCCUGGCGCUCACCCACAGCCUGGUCCUGCACUACGGGCUCUACAAGAAGAUGAUCGUUUUCAAACCAUACCAGGCAUCCCAGCAUGACAUGUGCCGAUUCCACUCUGAGGACUACAUAGACUUCCUGCAGAGAGUGAGUCCCAAUAACAUGCAGGGGUUCACCAAGAGCCUCAAUGCCUUCAACGUGGGAGAUGACUGCCCGGUGUUUCCAGGCCUCUUUGAAUUUUGCUCUCGCUACACCGGGGCCUCCCUGCAGGGAGCAACACAGCUGAACAACAAGAUCUGUGACAUUGCAAUAAACUGGGCAGGGGGCCUGCAUCAUGCAAAGAAGUUUGAGGCUUCUGGGUUUUGUUAUGUUAAUGACAUAGUUAUCGGCAUCCUGGAGCUGCUCAAGUAUCACCCACGUGUGCUGUACAUUGAUAUCGAUAUCCACCAUGGAGAUGGGGUGCAGGAGGCUUUCUACUUGACAGACCGUGUCAUGACAGUGUCAUUUCAUAAAUAUGGGAACUAUUUCUUUCCUGGUACAGGUGACAUGUAUGAAGUUGGUGCAGAGAGCGGGCGUUACUACUGUCUCAAUGUGCCUCUGCGGGAUGGCAUUGAUGACCAAAGUUAUAAACACCUCUUCCAGCCAGUCAUUAACCAGGUGGUAGAUUACUAUCAGCCCACCUGCAUAGUGCUGCAGUGUGGUGCUGAUUCUCUGGGUUGUGACCGUUUGGGUUGUUUUAACCUCAGUAUCAGAGGACAUGGGGAAUGUGUGGAGUAUGUGAAGAGCUUCAAUAUCCCCUUGCUGGUGCUGGGAGGAGGUGGUUACACAGUCCGCAAUGUGGCACGUUGUUGGACUUACGAAACAUCAUUGCUUGUCGAUGAAGCCAUUAGUGAAGAGCUCCCUUACAGUGAGUACUUUGAAUACUUUGCUCCAGACUUCACCCUUCAUCCUGAUGUCAGUACAAGGAUUGAAAAUCAGAACUCCAGACAGUACUUGGAUCAGAUCAGGCAGACAAUAUUUGAGAACCUGAAGAUGCUGAACCAUGCUCCCAGCGUGCAGAUCCAUGAUGUCCCUUCUGACUUGCUCAGCUACGAUCGCACAGAUGAGCCUGAUCCAGAGGAAAGAGGCUCUGAGGAAAACUACAGCAGGCCUGAAGCUGCCAAUGAGUUCUAUGAUGGUGACCACGAUAACGACAAAGAGAGUGAUGUUGAGAUCUGAGAGCUCUGCUGUGGGGCAAUGGACUGUGGGGAGUCCCACAUUGGACAUGGGUGCUUGGAGCAGGUAACUGGUGUAGGACCCAGUUAGCCCUCCCUUUGAAUUUGAUUGUAUGGAGUGGCAGCAGAAACAAUACCACUGCAGGCUUCUGCUACCUGGAGAGGCAGAGAGCAGGGAAAUGUGUUCCUUCCUUUCUACUGUGUUAUGGUUCCAGUUGUUGCUGCUCUGGGAUAUGGGAACUUGAGUAGCACUCUAUCUGUGCUGUGUUCUGCCUGCAGCUGUGUAGCUGCCUUCAGAACCUGACCCAUGGUGGUUCCUUCACCUCAUAUAACUCCCAUGCAGGCUCCUGCCAGCAGCAUGGAGCUGGAGCGGUUGUGCCUACGAUCUCUGCCUCUCUUCUGCAGCAGCACCUGAUACAUCCUGCCCUCCCCAGCCCUCAGUUCAAGUACCCAGUUGCCUGUCCUCUGAAGCCUGCACUGAAAGCUGCUUCCUGAUGUCCCUCCUAACUGUCCGAUGCUCCACAGCUCAAGGAAAACUUCAAGAAGACAAGGCCAGUUGUGGGAUAGGGGUUGGGAGAGUCCCUGGGACAGGGAGCAGCUUGAUGGAGCAGGAUGGAGGAAUGGAUGCAGGGCAUAGUCUUGUUCCUCCUCUCUCCUUCACCCACUCAGUUUUUGUGUUCCAAAUGAGUACUGCAAUACUUUGAGUUGGACCUAACUUCCCUGUUCUCUGCAUUCUUCAAGAGGCUAAAAUCACUGGAGCAGAGGUUUGGGUGUUGUACUUGUCAGUACAGAAUGUGUCUUGCACCUCUAAUACACCUUCCAGCUGUGUUGUCCAAGGUCACACAUGGCCCUUCUGUGUGUCAGCAAGCGAUUUGGGCUGCUUGCUCAGAGUGGAAACCAUUCUCUCUUCACUGUAAGAUGUUACUCUGCUUAUGGGCGAAGGAAGCUGCUUCCUCCAGGGCCUGCCUACUCGCCCUCACACAGCAGAGAUUUCCCUUGGCCAUCCCUCAGAUCCCAGACUUUGCUGCUCCUCCUCCCAGAUCAUCACCUGGUACCUGGUUUGGAGCGCAUUUGGGGAGGCGGGAGGGCUUUAGCCUCUCUCUGUACUGCUCUGGUUGUUUACCGAUGUCUUUAAACAUUAAAGAAGAGGCAAUAU